AGGAAAAGAGAAAUAAUAUAAACUCCACUUGCGGGCAGCAGUGUGCUCAAUCAAGGGAUCAAGGAGGAGCCAAUAGAUCGAGUUUGCUUGCUCUAACAAAAAGCAAGGAUGAAGCUUGUUGGGAGCAGCAAGAGGAGAGGAGGGCUGGGCAGGGCUCUCAAGGAGCACAAGGCGAGGCUCUACAUCAUCCGCCGAUGCGUCGUCAUGCUGCUCCGCUGGGAUGACUAGCUUACAACCACAGCUAUUCGCGUCUGGCAUCGCAUGGCAUGCACUGAUGUUUGCCUUCUGACCGUACUUUUCGGUUCUUGAUCAUAUACCUGCCGGAUUUUCCCCAUCAUGGAUCGGUGAUGGGUGCUGCCCCGGUCCCUUUUUGUGAUAGAUCUCCUGAUCUAUUAUUAUGUGUGUAAUCUAUAGAUGUUGAGGUAGACCUUAGGAGGUAGUAGAGCUGUAGAGGUGAUUAGUAAACUGGAAUCAUGUCCGAACUCCGAAGGACAUGUUUUGCCUUGUAUGUUCUGUGCAAUCGCAAGGAAAAAAAAUAUGUGAUUCAAGUGCAGAAAAGGGGAAAUCCGAUGAAUUUCAGAUCAUCCAGUUCUUGU